CUGCUUACUGCAUUCCUGCUGCUGGAAACUAACGCUGAAGCAUCCCAAAGUAUUUUUGCUGGAGUGUAAGGAGUUUUGACAGCACUUCCUUUGGGCGGGUGUUAGACAGACUUUUUACAGUUCACGCCGUUGGUAGAUGAGCAUGGAUAUGAAUGGACGUAGAAUACCACCGUCAAUACCCGAGGAUGGCGAAGUUUUACACCACGGUCUUCACGGGGAGAUGAAUGGUUAUCACCAGAGGCUUCAGGGUGGUGAUGGAGGAGAGGAUGAAGUCCCUGUGUCCAAAUCACAAAGGCGAAAGAGCGAUGUGAAAGUCUAUAAGGAGUUUUGUGAUUUUUAUGCUCGCUACAACAUGGCCAAUGCGCUGGCCAAUGCCAUGUGUGAGCGCUGCAAGAGUGGCUUUGACCCGGUCGAGAAGAUAGUGAACAGUAAUGGGGAACUUUAUCAUGAGCAGUGCUUCGUGUGCGCCCAGUGUUUCCAGCAGUUCCCAGAGGGGCUCUUCUAUGAGUUUGAAGGCAGGAAGUACUGUGAGCAUGACUUCCAGAUGCUCUUUGCUCCUUGCUGCCACCAGUGUGGUGAGUUCAUUAUUGGCCGUGUGAUCAAGGCAAUGAACAACAGUUGGCAUCCAGACUGCUUCUGCUGUGAUAUCUGCCAGGCUGUGCUCGCAGAUGUUGGAUUUGUUAAGAAUGCUGGAAGGCAUCUGUGCCGCCCAUGUCACAACAGGGAGAAAGCCCGGGGCCUCGGCAAGUACAUCUGCCAGAAGUGUCACGCCAUUAUUGAGGAGCAGCCUCUGCUCUUCAAGAAUGACCCAUACCACCCUGAUCAUUUCAACUGCAACAACUGCGGUAAGGAGCUGACAGCUGAUGCCAGGGAGCUCAAGGGGGAGCUCUACUGUCUACCCUGCCACGACAAGAUGGGUGUCCCGAUCUGCGGAGCCUGUAGGAGACCCAUUGAGGGCCGAGUGGUUAAUGCAAUGGGCAAGCAGUGGCAUGUGGAGCAUCAUGUGUGCACUGUGUGUGAGCGCCCAUUUCAGGGCCACCCAUUUUAUGAGCGAGGUGGUCGUGCCUAUUGUGAGAGACACUUUGAUAUGCUGUUCGGGGAUGUUUGCUACCACUGCAAUCGUGUUAUUGAAGGAGAUGUGGUGUCUGCACUUAACAAGGCGUGGUGUGUCAACUGUUUUGCCUGCUCUACCUGCAACACCAAGCUCACCCUCAAGGAUAAGUUUGUGGAGGUGGAUCUGAAACCGGUGUGCAAACACUGCUAUGAACGCCUCCCCGAUGACAUGAAACGCCGGCUGGCCAAGCGAGAACGAGACUCAAAAGAGAAGAAGAAGAAAUUGAUACCCAUGUGUCUGUGAUCCCCUCUUUCUCCUUUCUCCUCGCUUCAGCAGAUUUUCCUUUGGAACAAGUUUGUGGAGUUUGAUAUGAAGCCGGUGUGUAAGAAGUGCUAUGAGAAAUUCCCUCUGGAGCUGAAGAAGAGACUGAAAAAGCUGUCUGAAACUGUUGCAAGGAAGUAAAAACACAGUGGAACAGCUAGAGAGGGAGAGGCAGAUGAGAGCGCAAGGUGGCCACGUGCAAGCCCAGAAUUACAAUAAAGAAUUUGUGUGUCUUAUAUAAGUGGUAUAUUGCAUUUAGGUUGGUUAUUUCAGUGACAGCUAGAAAGCAUUGAUCUUCAAUUUCAUGUGCCUGAACCUGGCAGCUCUACAGUUAAACUGUUAUUCAGCUUUAACUUGCUCGGUGCCUUGUAUCAUUUUUGCAAAAAUGCUGCACUGUAUGCUUUACACAUGCUUGCUGAUUCCCUAUAAUUAAUAAUAUAUGAGUUUUAAGAGAACAUAGAAUUCUGGAAAUAAUAUGAUGAUUUGAAAGCAUUGCUGCCAGCUUGUCUUGUGAUGCCAAAAACCCAUUAUUGACAGAUGUUACUGCUUUAUCUCUGAAAUAAUCAAAUAAGCCCAAAGAAAAAAAUGUCCUGAAUGUGUAUAUAACCUUAAAUGUUUCCAACUUGUAUCAUUUUAGAUAUUAAUAGUGUUUAUUUCCAUUAAUAUUAUGCACAAUAAGUAUGUUAUGGGCCUAUAAUUUUUUUUGUUUGCACCUACAAUAUAAUAUUAUACAACAUGCUAUAGCGGUGGACUCGAACAUCACCUGCAGUGUGUUGGAUUGCCUUGUUACUGUAUGUGCUGUGCAUCUUUGUGUGACACAAUCUCUGUGCAAAAACUGGUAUUUAUUCAGCAUUUUUUAAGUUGGCGUUUACAAUCUAAAAUAAUCCAGUACAUCCCCAGUACUGAGGGUGAGAUUUUGAUUUACUGUCUGUCAUUUAAAGUAAAUACAUGUGAUUGAAUAACUGUUACCUGUCAGUGUUCUACACAGCACCCCCCCCCCCCCCCCCCCCCUCCCAAACAAAUACUGAACAUAACAAGUGCCCAAGCCACAGGAUUUAUUGAAUGGUUACUGCAAACUCAGUUUGUGUUACAGCAUGACAGCUUGUGGCAUGUACAGAGACCGGAUGUGGGAUUGAUGCUGAACAUUCGAAUGUUUCCUCUGUUGUUUGCAAACCACGGAAUGUGAUCCUCUUAAGGAGUUGUACCGACUUCCUCAGGGCUCAGACCCACUUAGGAAAAAAAGCCAAACUGGUCUCAUUCUGCAAAUGCUUCACAUGAGCUGCAUUUUAUUACAAAGCUUAGCUUUUAUAUACAAGCUCUAUGGAUAAACACAUUCCACUAUUUUAUCAUUAUAAAGUGUAUGUUACUGCUCCGCAUAUAGGUGCAGAUACCACAACUUUCCUUAUGUCAUAUGGAAGUAAAACUAUCCACUGGGCUGAUUGUUGUGAGGCAGAACUUCAGCACCAUGAGCUACAAAUAGUUCAGUGCAUGGUUUUAUUUGAUACUUUACUACUUGGGUGGACUUGGAUGACUCUGUGCAAACAGAUACUGCUCUGAUACUGGAUAUUAUCUUUGCAAUGUUUGCGAGCAAAUUUAUUCAUGUUAACACACCAAAGUGCAUGUUCUAGACUUGAAUGGAAAGUUAUUUUUAAUUAUAUUUAAGGUCAUUCUGGCAGUUCAUUGGAAUAAACACAUAUGUCAGUGCUA